UGGAAUUCUUUUGACUCAUUCUUCCUUUAUGGGGCUUUUCUUCCCCAGGUCCUACUGCACUCCAGGACUAUGCCAAUAUUUGGCCAUGCUCCCACCAGCCAGUCACCUCCUCUCUCUCCUGCUGGUGCUAGGCACAGGUGGCACGGUGCCCAGCCCCUGGGUGCCUCCUCAGGGCUGCUACGUGGCAGAAGAAGCUGGUGAGAGGACAUUCCGCUGCAGCCAGGCAGGCCUGAGUGCUGUGCCCACCGGCAUCCCCAACGACACCCGCAAGCUCUACCUGGAUGCCAACCGGCUGGCAUCAGUGCCAGCUGGAGCCUUCCAGCACCUGCCUGUCCUGGAGGAGCUGGAUCUGUCCCAUAAUGCCCUUGUCCACCUCUCAGGGGCUGCUUUCCAGGGCCUGGCAGGCAGUCUGCGCCACCUUGACCUCUCUGCCAACCAGCUGGCCUCGGUGCCUGUGGAGGCCUUCGUGGGCCUGAAGAUCCAAGUGAAUCUAUCCGCCAACCCAUGGCGCUGUGACUGUGCCCUCCAGGAGGUGCUCAGGCAGGUGAGGCUGGCACCGGACACUGGAACAGGCAUCGUGUGUGGCCCCGGAGCCCGACCAGACCUCGUGGGGCAAGAGUUCCUGCCGCUGGCAGGGGAGAAAGAGCUGUGUGGGACAGGGCGGGGUGGGGCCCAGCGGAGCACUGAUGUAGCCCUGCUGGUCACCAUGGGGGGCUGGCUGGUGCUCGUGGUGGCUUAUCUGGCGCACUACGUGUGGCAGAACCGGGAUGAGACUCGACGUCCCCUCAAGCCGGCCCCCGUGCUGCCCGUGCGCUCUGAGGACUCCUCUACCCUCAGCACAGUGGUCUGAGGACCGGGGCCACUCCUCCAGCCCCAUGCCCCACACUCCUACCGCCGUGCCCUCUCUUUUCCUCUAACCCUCUGCCUCCUCUACAGCCCCCCAUCCCCCAAAUUCCUCCCCACUUCCUCCUCUGUCUCCCCUAAACACCUGAUCUCUCUCUCUCUCAACCAACACCAUCUUUGGCGCCUACUGUGCCUGGUUGUGCUAGACUCAGAGACCCAAAGCUCCCGAGU